GCUGCAUCCUGGAAAAGGCUGCUGACAACGGCUCCCUCUGCCAGUGCUAAGCCAGGCGCUAUGGAAUCAGUAACAGUCCCAACAGAAGAUCCCAGAGACCUGAGAGCCUGCCCCAAAGUCAGGGGCCUGGAGACGGGCCUGGAGACUAGCUCAGGUGGAAAGCCGGCCCGCCAUCAGAAGGCCAUCCCCAAAGCUCACUUAACUUUCGUUAUCGACUGUACUCGUGGGAAACACAUCUCCCUGGCAGCACUCCCAGGGCCACCCCGCGUCCCUAGUCCCAACUUAGGACCUGUCAUCCCUCCAAUGAAGACUUACAUCUUGUUAUGUGGGGAAAGCCGGCCCCCCCAUAUAAAUCAGGAGGCUCCCCUAGGUGGGGGAGGCCUUGCCCAGACCAGGGGACCCCUGCCACCCUGCAGAGAGACUACGGCCCCAGAUUCCUCCCCAGCCAGCCCACUCUGCCUCCAGGGGCCUCCUGAAGCCAAGGGAGGCCCUGCGAAGACUGUGUCCUCGAGGCCUUCAGCUUGGGGAACGGUCAUUGUCUCGCUCAAAGCCCUCUCCUCCUGUGUCUGUGCGCAGGCUGAUUAACUGGAAGAGCCUGGCCAAGGGAGGAGAGGGCUGGCAACCCAAGCUCCAGAGUUCAGCAGAUGCAGUUCCCAGGGUUCACUCCCUCUUCCCCAGCCAAGCAGAAGUCUUUUGUGCCUGAGCCAGGGAAGGAGCAUUAGAUCCCUAAAGGACAUCUGAAAGAGCCACGAGUAUCCUACUUCUCCAUCCGCUCCAUCUUUGUUCACCUUUCAGCAGAAGCAAGAUAAGGCAACGCCACAUAGAAAGAGACUCAUUCACUAACACAGCAAAUUCUGAAGGAGCAUCUCCCACAUGCCAGGCCCUGCAAAGUGCUAAAGAAGACACUACAGCUUUCUUGGAGCUUGUACUCUUGGGGGUGGGGAAGAAAGG